UUAAUGACUGUGUUUAGUAGCUAGCUAGUAGAAGUUAGUUAACCUUAGUCUCUCAACCUGCUACAAAACGAAGUCCCAGCCCAGAGGUACCUGCUGCAGAAAGCCCCAGUUGUCAUAUGUUGCAAGAAAUUUGAGUGAGAACGCCACGCAGUGCGCACUUAUUUUUUUGUACACUCACAUGGCAAUCAGACUGAAAUACUGAAUUCCGAUGUGUGGAAUAGAGAGGUGGUGGGUAUUGUGUGGACGGGAGGUUCUGCUUGUCACUUGUUUUCAUCACGUAGUCCGUCUUGGAAGGUGGACUCGAAGAGGGAAACUGCAAAGUCCAGGACUGGCUGAAGUGAAAGUGACAUCUUGAGUGGUGUAAGCACAGAGACUGAACAUGUCAGACGUAGAGGACAUGGAAACAUCACCUACAGAGAUGAACAGAAACCAUGAAGUCUCUGGACCAGAACAGCAACGGCCCCAUGACCUUUCGCAAAUACAGAUUCAUGUGCCCACAGGAACAUCCAGUGGUCCUGUAACAGUGAUACAGUCACAGCCUCAACGGUCUAGUGUUUCUCAAAGUGCUUUUACUUACAAGGCAGAAAUAUCCGAGGACGUGUCUGAAGAAGACUCAUCAGCCCGAGAGACUGCCGAUCGGUUCUCUGAGACUUUUGGAGGAGGGACACCUUCAGCAACCUGUGUUAAUAUCCCAAGCUCUGAUGACGACCCAGACCUGUAUCAAGCAGAUAAUGACUUUAAGCCUCAUUCAUCCUCUUCCAAAGAGAUGAGUGUGGAUUAUCCUGCUGAAGGAGAUAAUGGCUCUGCUAGAAACAAACAAUCACAGCGAGACCAACAUUCUCCCAUCAACCCCCAAAGCACUCAGGAUGUGGACCUGAAUCAGGCAAAGGACGAGAGAGAGGAAAAGCAGACCACUUUAGAUGAGGCUACAGUCUAUGUCAUUGUGGAGUGGCCUUGGAAAGCAAUAUUGUCAUGGAAGUCUAUACUUCAAAAAAGUCUCCAGUCGUGGUUGAAUAAUAACUUUAAAGAAACAGAUUGCACCGUGGAAAGGCUGAACGGAAACGUGGCCGAAGUCAAGAUACAUCCCCCAUCAGUCGUUGAGGACCUUCUGAAGCUGAAGGAAACGCAGUUGACCUUCAAAGACAAGGCCAAGACAUCAGCCACUGUGCGGUUUCACGGGGCUAUACCACCAUCAUUUAAACCCUGGAAUCAAUCAAACAGUAAACCCAGCUCAAUGGAAGACUUGCCUCCAACAUCCAACAUGCCACAGGAUGUCAAACUCCCAAUAACUGUAAGUGCUAGCAUUGACAUCGGUGGCUACAAACCUGAAGUACGGGCUGCCCUUCACCGUCAUUACCACACCACCGAUCACAAGUUGGCUGUAAAAGGGAGCUUUGAUGAAGUGAACCAGUUCCACACAGAGUUUACCAAGAUCGUCAGGGAAACGGAAACCGAGCCAGAAGCAGAUUGGAACGAUAAUGCAGAAGCAGCACAAAGCAUGACUCACAAUGGAAUGAAGACCCAUGAAGAACCUGGGCAGAAGGAAAUUAGCUUUCCAGUCCCACUGAACCACUUUGUGUACAUGAAUCAGGCCUACCGGAAGGAGAUGGAGGACAUAGAGAAAAGAAAUGGAGUCAAAAUCAAUGCAGAAGUGAAGGUGUCCAUCAAAGAGGACACACAGAAAACAGGCAGAAAUGUUAUGCUGACCAAAGCCCACCAGGAGUUCAGUGACCUCUUCCAGAAGUAUGUAGUUGAUUUGGACAGCAUUUCCACCCAUCUCACACCUGGGGAUCCAGGAGACCUCAUGAAUACGCUGAAAAACAUCCAGAAUGAGGAGACUAGGCUGGUACUAAAUGUGUCUGCCAAUGGCUGCGUUGUGUUUGGGCCGGCUCAGAGCAUCAUGGCAGUCGAGAAGGCUCUUGGGAUGAAGACUACAGUAAUGACAUUUGGAAUGGAUCACAGCUCCACAGAGAAAGCAUCUGGAUUUGCUGGAGGACCGGUUUUGAGAUCUCCAAAAACACCAUGGUUGAUUGGGAUGGACAUCAAAGAUCCACUUUUGUCACACGGGCUGGCCAUGGACCAGACUCACUGGGAUCUAAUGAUAUCUGCCUUUCAUGAGAAAAUAACAGCAAUCAAAAAUAAAUUUAGAGUGGAUUUCAUGGUGGAAAAGUCUCCAGGCAAGGUAAAAAUUAAAACCAGACCUACAACAUCACACACUCCACCGGCAGUCUCUCUGGAAAGCCACGCCAUCAGAGCUCUCAUGCACCUCUACCAGAAGGUUGCGACAUCAGCGAUGAGCUGCCACCUGCUGGACCCUACCCAUGCAAAGACUGUGGGGGACAAGCUGGAGGAGAUCCUCCCUCGACACCGCUGUGUCUGGGCAGGAGAAAACUAUGGUCCCUGUAGGCUGAUCGGCCUACCGCAACAUUUGGGCCCUGCUGUCAAAGAGCUAGAGAUGAUGCUGAAAAGGCCCAUGUUUAAAGAAGAAGACAAGCACAAGAUUGAGUAUCCUGGCGCCAGAUCCAGCACUGGAGCAGCCAUGGGGGGAGCAGUCGGAGAUGGAGGAGCAACAGGAGGGCCUGAAGAUAAUUGCUCCAUAUGCAUGGACAGAUUUAUCAACAAGAGGAAGUUGUCCUGCAGCCAUGAGUUUUGUACAGAUUGUCUGAGGAAGGCAGUGGAAUUCUCAGGCCCCAGAUGUCCUUUGUGUAAGGAUGUGUUUGGAAAGGUGGAGGGAGACCAGCCUGAGGGAACAAUGAAAGUGAAACAUGAAAGUUACCGCUGCAUACCUGGAUACCAUGGCUACGGCAUGAUAGUUAUCAGCUAUGAUAUACCAAGUGGAAAACAGACGAAGAAACAUUCCAACCCUGGAAAAGGAUUCAUUGGGGCCCAUAGAAUAGCUUAUCUCCCUGACAACCAGGAGGGCAACGAAGUGCUGAAGUUACUGGAGAGAGCUUUCAACCAGAAGCUGAUUUUCACAGUUGGGACCUCCAGAACCACUGGGACAGACGACUGUGUGACAUGGAAUGACAUUCACCACAAGACCAACAUCGAUGGAGGGGCACAAGGUUUUGGUUAUCCUGACCCUGACUACCUGAGCAGAGUGAAGAGUGAGCUGAAAGCCAAAGGCAUUGAAUGAAGACAGUCUUGAAAAUAGAAAAGACUAGUUCAGUUGAGAUUUUAAACUGUUUAGAAUAGAUGCCUUUUAAAGAGUUUGAUCCAUAAUAACAGUACACUUUCUAAUCAAAGGAGGGGACAUGUAUUCUAUGAAAUCAAGAUGUUUGUUGAUGAAUAUGCCACAUAUCAUUGUAACCUCAGUGUGAGUUGUUUUGACUAAUGUACUACAAUAAUCUUUAAGAAUAUCUGUGUGUCUGGAACCAUUUUGAUCAAGAUAUAUUUUUUAAAACAAAUGGAAACUUUUGAUUGGCGUAUAAGUAGUUCAUAAUAGAUGCUUGAAUGCAGGGUGACAGGUAGAGCUUUGACAAAAAUACAUAUUGAAUGUAUAGAACUACGGAACAUAAAAAAGCACUGACAGAAUUAUCAAACAAUUAUACAGAAUAGUUUGCCUAAUGACAAACUGAGCUGUUAUCUACAUACUUCAGGCUUAGAAAGGACUGCCAUUGUUUUUUUGCGGUGAAGUCUAAAUGCGGGAUAUUGUACAAAACAAAGUGAUCAGCUUUAGCUCCGCCCGCACGCUGGUGAGUUUAACUUUUUUGCGGAAACUCACAUCCGUGGCACAGCGUUCGGCCGGAGCAAGGAGUUUGGGGAGCCAGGCAAUAGAAAAGUAACAUUGAGUGGAAACAACUUCAAUAUAUUAAUUACCAGUUGGUGAGCUCUCAUUAGAUAAAGAUACUUGCUGGAACUGAAAAGCUUGGUUCAGUGCUCACUUAUGAAGGACACGUGUGAUAAACAAGGGUGAGCAUUCGGGUUUAAGUUUGCUUUGAAUUUUGUUUGAUUGGCAAUGAGAAUAAAACAUUGAUCUCA